GAAACAAGUCCCAGAUAAUCAAAUCUUCUUCUUUCUUCUUCCUCGGUUUGGUCCGAAACCGAAUUUGCUCAGAGCUGUGGUGGAACCGUUUCCGAGGGUUGAGAGUCCACCAGCUUCGAUCUUGCGUGACGUUGAAGCUUUCGCAGCCGCGCAAUUCUGACUCGGGAGUCUUUCAUUUCGGAAUUUUAGCGAAUUUUGGAGGUGGAAUUUCUAGGGUUUUAGGCGAAGAUGAAGAAGGCGAUAAGGAGCAUAGAGGAUCUGAUCGAGGAGGUUCAGCUUCGCUUCGUGUGGUGGGCGCUGUUCGUCUUCGCUGUUUCCUACUUCUUGACGCAUACAAGCAAAUCAAUGUGGAUGAAUCUGCCCAUAGCAAUCUUACUCGUUGCGGUAUUACGCAUGCUGUUAAAUGAGGUGGAGUUUCGUUGGAAGGCUCCGAAGCCUGUUCGUCCGAAAACUUAUUUGGCUCAUUUGGAGAAGAAGCAGUUGUCUGUGAAUGAUUCGCGGCUUUCUACUUCACUGCCACCACCAAAAUGGAAACGGAAGAUUGGUUCUCCGAUCGUGGAGGAGGCGAUGAAAGAUUUCAUUGACAAGAUUUUGAAGGAUUUUGUGAUUGAUUUAUGGUAUUCGGAUAUAACACCGGACAAGGAGGCUCCGGAGCAUAUACGCGCAAUUGUCAUGGAUGCUCUUGGUGAAGUAUCAGGAAGAGUUAAAGAGAUAAACCUUGUUGAUUUGCUAACAAGGGAUAUAAUAGAUUUAAUUGGAGAUCAUAUAGAGCUUUUCAGAAGAAACCAAGCUGCCAUAGGUGUUGAUGUUAUGAAAACAUUGUCUUCAGAGGAGAGAGAUGAAAGGUUAAAACAUCAUCUUAUGGCUUCGAAGGAGCUUCAUCCUGCGUUGAUAUCACCUGAGAGUGAGUACAAGUUUCUUCAGCGACUAAUGGGUGGAGUGAUAGCUGUGGUGCUCAGACCACGAGAAGCUCAAUGUCCAGUUGUUCGAUCCAUUGCCAGAGAACUAUUAACAAGCUUGGUGAUCGAACCUGUUAUGAAUUUUGCAAGCCCUGGGUACAUCAAUGAGUUGAUUGAAUACGUUUUGGAAAUCGUUAAAGAUUAUAUCUUUAAAGAUGUAGUUGGGGACCAGUCUACUUCAGGGGGAGUACAUGAUCAUGAUUCUCCGUUGAGAAAAUAUGCUACCUUUAAUCAGACGACUGAUAUGACCUUGGCUAAAAUUGAAAAUCAGGGAGAAGCAUCCUCGGAUUAUAACACAUUCCAGGAUGAUCCUUUGCAGCCGCGGCCGGCUGUUUGGGCACGAGGGUUGGAGGCUGCGACACAGAGAAGGACUGAAGUUCUUACUCCUGAAAAUCUAGAAAACAUGUGGACAAAAGGAAGAAACUAUAAAAAGAAAGAACACAAGAAAAAAAUAACAAAGGGUUCAGGAGCAGAUAGUGGUAUACCAACUGGAAAGUUGGGGAAUGAAUUGCUAGCUAACAGGCAUGACAUUUCUACCGGACAGGAAGAUAGAUCUAAUGUAAAGCUAACUCAUGGGGCAAGUGUUGACACCCAUUUUAGUGAUGCAACUAAAAAGGAGUUACGGUUCUCUUCAGAUGUCAAUAAGGAAUCAAUUUCUAAGGAAGAGGAUUUUUUUGAUGAGUUGGAUAAAAAUAGAGAUCUUGCUUCCAAUGGAACUAAAAGUAGGCUUAAACGAUCAAAUAGCACUUCCGCUUUGAGAAUCCAACCUGACACAAAAAAAGCAUCGUCACAAGGAGGAGGUUCCAUCAUUUCAGAGUUUUAUAGUCCUGAAUUUGGCAGGCAUGCAGAAAGGCGUGCUGGUAAGAGUACCUCGGAUAUGGUAGUCCGCAGUGUGGGACAACAAAUUCCCAAGCUGAGGUCCCGGGUUAUGGGAGCAUACUUUGAGAAACUUGGGUCAAAAUCUUUUGCAGUUUAUUCAAUUGCAGUGACGGAUGCAGAAAACCGAACUUGGUUUGUGAAACGAAGAUAUAGGAAUUUUGAGCGACUACACCGCCAUCUCAAAGAAAUUCCAAAUUACACCUUACAUUUGCCCCCCAAAAGGAUAUUCUCAUCAAGCACUGAGGAUGCUUUUGUUCAUCAGCGAUGUAUCCAGCUUGACAGAUAUCUCCAGGAUCUUUUGUCAAUAGCGAACGUUGCUGAACAGCAUGAAGUUUGGGAUUUUUUAAGUGCUACCUCAAAGAAUUACUCGUUUGGAAAAUCUCCCUCGGUGAUGAGAACUCUUGCAGUGAAUGUGGAUGAAGCUGUGGACGAUAUUGUUCGCCAGUUCAAAGGGGUUUCAGAUGGCUUAAUUCGUGCUGUUGCUGGUCCAUCCACUUAUGAGGGCUCAUCUUCAGUUCCUGGAUUGAACUUAACCUGGAAUGGAGAAGAGACAAGUGAAAAUGUUUCUAGGCAAAGUACUGGGGAAACACUGAACAGCUUUUCUGAUGAUGAGCCUGCCGAAAAAGAUGCAACUGGUGACCCUGCAGGAGUCAGAUUUAAUAUCCAGGAUAGUGGGUGGCAUUCAGACAAUGAAUUGGACUUUAAGGGUUCUUCCCCUCAAAUUAAGCAUUCAAAGAGCUUAGGGUUGGAGAAGAAAGAUGUUUUGGUUUUGAAAUCUGGGGCUGGUAAUUAUAUCUUUCCUGGAGCAAGUGGUCCAGUGACCUCCAAUCCUUUGGAACUGGAGGAUCCAGUUGGAAUGCCACCUGAGUGGACUCCACCCAAUGUUAGUGUGCCUCUGUUGAAUCUAGUGGACAAGGUAUUUCAGCUUAAGAGAAGGGGAUGGCUAAGAAGACAAGUCUUUUGGAUGUCAAAACAAAUACUACAGUUGAUGAUGGAAGAUGCUAUUGAUGACUGGCUCUUGAGGCAGAUUCAAUUGCUUCGUAGGGAGGACACUAUAGCUUCAGGAAUUCGAUGGCUUCAAGAUGUCCUAUGGCCCAAUGGCACAUUCUUCCUUAGAGUUGGUAAUGCUAAUGACAAUCAAGACCCUCAUUCAACCAUGAACCAAUUUGGUGGAAGCAAGGUUGGUAAACCAGGUUCUUUUGAGCAGCAACUAGAGGCUGCUCGCAGAGCUAGUGAUCUGAAGAAACUGCUCUUUGAUGGAGCUCCAACAGCCUUAGUCAGCUUAGUUGGAUAUAACCAGUACAGACGUUGUGCAAGAGAUAUUUAUUUCUUCACUCAGUCUAAUAUAUGUGUGAAGCAACUCGCGUAUGCGAUACUCGAGUUGUGUCUCGUAUCAAUAUUCCCUGAACUUCGAGAUCUUAUUGUUGAUAUUCAUGAGAAGACGCACUUUGAUCAAACUGUAUAGUGAACUAGUAUAUACUCGCUGCAUCCUGCUUGGUUGUUGCUGGUUUUCUUCCACGUGAUCACAUACGUGUCUUACUGAGGUAGAUGGGACAAAGAAGCAUAUGAUUCGAUUUUCGUAGCACUACCUGUGGUCUUGGUUUUAGAUUAGCAGGAAUAGUGACCUCAGAAUUUACAAAUUCUUUUGGAAAUGUGAGAAGUAGCUUCAUGUCUUUGGCAUUUCAACUGUACAAAAUUGUAGAUGGUAGGGAGAGGGUGUACAGGCAUCUUUCUUUUUUGUGUAUAUGUCAGUGAAUGUUGCAGAAUGAAGAAAUGUAACCAGCAGCUUUCAGUAUCAGAUCUUUCAUCCACUUGGUCUC